AUGACAAAUCUGACGGUUAUGGAGGCACCGCAAGCUAUCACCAACAUAGAUCCAACCACGUGGACGGAAGUCAGCUAUCCAAUAUCUCUUGAAGUAUUCACGAAAAGGCAGCGAGUGUUGAAAUGCUCUAUCGAAUUCACUAUUUCUCUUGGGAUUUCGAUUUUGAUUUAUUUAUUUUUACUUUAUUUUGAUUUGGCAAUGGCGAUGGGGAAGCUUUUCUCGCAGCGUUUGUUCAGUAUCUCGAAAAUGGCGUCGCAAGGUCUCAUGAACUGUCGUAUUUCGUCUUCCUCGUUAGCCGUGCGAACUAGGGUUCCCAGAGAUCCAGGAGAAGCAACGGUUGAUCCGGAGCCUGAUGAUAUGGCGACUUCCCGGAGGUUUUUGCACAAAAUCGCCGUGAACUGGAUGGGUGCGACGACUCCGAAGAUGCCGAUUCGGGAGAGUUUGAUGGAGAAGCUUCGAGAAAUGGACAUGAACAAGGACCGGAUUCGAUUAGACGGACUCUCGCCUCCGACGAAAUCCGCGGCGGAGACGGAGACGGAGACGUUGGGGCUUACUGUGCAAGACGCGAAGAAGUUGCUAAGAGCUGCGCAGAUCGAAGUCGUGAAAACGAAGCUGAUGGAGACCGGGAAAAGCUGGAUCCUUUACUCCGAUUUCGUUCGUCUGUGCAGUGAUUCUUCUUCCGAUCCUGCUCAGGGGUCUUGGAUCGCGAAGAUGCUCGACGAUUCAGGAAACGUCAUCGUUUUGGGGAACUCCGUCUGCUUAAGGCCUGAUCAGGUAACCAAAUCCAUCGAGGGCCUGCUUCCAUUACCACAGAUCCGUAACCCAAACGAUCCAAGAAGAAAGGAGCUAAAAGAGCUUGAAGCCAUAAAAACUGUGAUCGACGAGAAAGCACAUUCCUUGGUGAGAAGAGAGCUUUGGGCUGGUCUAGGUUACUUGAUCAUCCAGACCACAGUGUUCAUGAGGCUAACCUUCUGGGAACUCACAUGGGACGUUAUGGAGCCAAUCUGUUUCUAUGUCACAUCGGUUUACUUCAUGGCCUGUUACGCGUUUUUCCUCAGGACAUCGAAAGAGCCUUCCUUUGAAGGGUUUUACCAAAGCAGGUUUGAGGCUAAACAGAGGAAACUGAUGAGAUCUCAAGAUUUUGAUGUUGGGAGGUACGAUGAGCUGAAGAAGCUGUUUCAUCCAAAGCCUUCAGCUGCUGUUUCCAAGAUUCUUGGAACUCUAACAUAUUGAUCUUUUGAUUAAGAUAAAUUAACCCCCUAAAAAUUGUGUAAACGAACAAGUCACUAUAGAGAAGAAGAGCAAAAGAGAGUUCUAAUAAUAGGUGCGGCUUUAUGUAACGUAAGAUUUUGGAAGAGCAGAUGACAAAUCGAAUGUAAUGUCUAUGUAACAUGAAACUAAAAAAUAUUAUCAUAUCCGACAUAUAUUUUCUAAAUUCUUACAAUAUCUCC